CUCCGUUGCUACGGCAACGCAGAGCGGGGAAGCUCGGUGACGUUCUAUCCGGCCGGGAGGAGACUCUAUGGUGCUGAGAGGCUGCCGUUCCGUCCUCAUCUCAGGAGUAACAGGAGGCUAAGGGCUUCGUCGGCUGAGGCGUCAAGGCAGGUUGGCAGAAGCUGGAGCUAACAGCGGGCGCUCACUCCACUCCCCGGAUUCGAACCUGUGACCUUUCGGUCUGCAAGUUCAGUUCAGCGCUUUAACACACUGCACCACUGGGGCCUCAAUGAUUUUUGUUGCCAUGCUGGAUUACUGUAAUGGCUUCCACUGAUCCCAAGCACUAUCACCAAGUGUGUGGACUCCCUCAACUUUUACCUGGAGUAGGUUGUCAGAGUGACCAAGUUCAUUUCAGUCAUAUGAUCCAACCUGAUACUAAAUUGAAGUGGGAGCAGAUAUAUCCUGAUUUCCUGACUCUUGCAUCAGAAAACUAAUACACAUACUGCUUUCUUAUUGUCAGGACAAAGGGAUAAUAAAAAAUGUCACAUUCAAGUUAUUGAAUGACGGCUGAAGUGGUUCGUGCAGUUUUGAGUCGACUCCUCCUUCUGGAUCUGUGAGAGGCAACAGAGAGCCCUUUAUGGUGUGGGAUUUCACUACUGAAAAGUGCCCCUGCUACUUGGCACAGGAGCUGUCUUUGCUGCGGGAAGAACAAAACAGCUUCACCACAGGAAGGAAAGCAGAGGCAGGAUCAAGUCUCCUCUUGUAAUGUCCACCUUCAACUCCUUGCUGAGCUAGAAAGACAUGCAUUCAAAAGCCCGAGGGCACUUGUCAGAAUGCAGCACCACAUCACUUCUUGUUUCUUGUUGACUUUCCUGCUUUCCUUGAAGUGUGCUGCAACAAGGAUACAUCAAGGGCAGUGUCAAGGGAGAAGCUCAUAAGCCAGUGAAGGGCCAUGGGCUUGAGCUAUGGCAAGCUUCAAGUCUCCUACAAGCUCAAACUCUUGAUGCUCUUCAGUUUGUGUAUCUUGCUGGUGGGUUGGGUCACUUCUUCUUAUCUAUUGUAUGCUGUCCAUGAGAAUCCAAAGACAAAAAGCUUAUUACGAAAUGACAGAAAAGCAACCACUGCUGCAGGGGAGCAAAACGGAAACUCAGACAGGGAUACCAUGUCUACUGUGAAACUGCCCAAUAUGAUGAUGCCUCCUUGUCCCUCCCAGUCUCCCUAUCUGCGAGGCCCCAGCAAGCUUACAUUCAAAGCAUCUCUCACCCUAGAAGAGGUGCAAAAAGAAAAUCCUCAGGUCACAAAAGGACGCUUUCAUCCCAAAGACUGCUUAGCUCUGCAACGAGUUGCUAUAUUGAUUCCGCACCGCAGUCGUGAGAAGCAUCUAUUGUACCUGCUGGAGCACCUUCACCCUUUUUUGCAGCGGCAACAGCUGGACUAUGGCAUAUAUGUCAUCCACCAGGCUGGCAAUGCUAAGUUCAACAGGGCAAAACUGCUGAAUGUAGGAUACCUAGAAGCCCUGAAGGAAGAGAACUGGGAUUGCUUCAUCUUCCACGAUGUUGACCUGGUGCCAGAGAAUGACUUCAACAUAUAUGUGUGUGGUAGUCAGCCAAAGCACUUAGUAGUGGGCAGAAACAGCACAGGCUACAGGUUGCGUUACCAAGGAUACUUUGGGGGUGUAACUGCUCUAACAAGGGAGCAAUUCUCAAAGGUGAAUGGAUUUUCUAACAACUACUGGGGCUGGGGAGGAGAGGACGAUGACCUCCGGAUCAGGGUUGAAAUGCAGAAAAUGAAGGUUAUCAGGCCUUCUCCCAGUGUAGCCAAGUACACAAUGAUCUUUCAUACAAGAGACCGAGGGAAUGAGGCAAAUGGACAGAGGAUGAAUCUUUUGCGUCAGGUAUCUAGAGUAUGGAAAAUGGAUGGCCUCAACUCCUGCUCUUAUAACCUGCUCUCUAUGGAGUACAACCCUUUGUAUACCAACAUUACAGUGGAUUUUGGCAGGCCAACGAAGAUUUCAUAACCAUCUCUUUUGUGCCUAAUGGGUUUUGUUGGAAAGAUUGGGAAGGGGCGUCUUCUAGCAUUAGGGCAACUGGACAUCCUUGUUUUGGAUUAUUCCCCAGCAGCAAAUACAUGGGGUGGUAGUGGGGGGGGGGGGGGGAGAGAAAUAAUAACAUUUUUAAUCCCUGGUAAUUUUGAUAGCUAUUCUCUGAGGAUAGCACUGGUCUUUUCAUGAUUGAGUUUAACUGGGGGGACAUUUGUAUCGGUCAGAUUUUUUUUGAUAAAAACAAUUCUUUUUUUCAGAGAGGAAUUCGUCCCUCCCCUCCAUCUGAAAGCUAUCUUUUUUAUAGUUGACAUUGAAUCUCCACCUUUUUGAAGUGGAAAGAGGGAUUUAUACAAACAGCACUGCCACACUUUUUCAAACGUGCAAAGAUGAGACAAGGGCUUUUUCAUUCAACAGAAUGAAUUCAAUUUUCCUACAUUUUAUACAAAAUAGGCUAACAAUGUUGACAAUGGCAGGUUCUUACACGAAUCGGUGAUCAUCAUAAGCAAUAUCUGAGAGAACGGUAUAUAGUACUUCCCUGUAAGAACAGAUGCAGUGAGAACGAGAGAAAGCAGAAAACUCACUAGAAUGUAGCAGGUCUCACCAAAGAGGAGUCUGUUGUCUUAGUUAAGCUUUCCAAUUAGUGUGUCAGUUUAAGAAUAUGUCAGAAGCCUAUUUUAUUCGUCAGCUAGUUUGUAAUAAUGGCAGCUGCAAAGUUGUUUUUUUGUAUUUAAGAAGGAUGGCAAAUGAAUACAGAAUUAACAACAGGUAGGCAUUUGAAACUCCCUGCAUGAUAGGCACACUGUUCCGAUGCAGAAUUGCCUAGAAACACAGCAAGUGUCUUGUGGAGGAAAGGACUUCUGGGGGCCUUUAAUUAACCCUGCAUUUUCUAUGUAAAAGUAUAGCAGGUUUUAUUGGGAGGAGUGAAACAUCACAACUGCUACAAGGACUUCAACAGUGAUAUUUCUGUUAGAAGAAAAUCAAUCUUUGUUUACCAGUUCUAUUUUUUAAAAAGAAAUAAAAACUAAUUGGAAUCAUUAAAGAAAA